GUACUGUAUUUAUAUUAACGGGAUUCGAACCCGUAUCAUUGAGUGGGAAAACAUAAUGGGUGGACAAAGAACUGUCCCAUUACACUACGUCCAAAACACAGACAUCAGUCAGAGACAUAGGAUAAAUAUAAGGUCAACACAGUCAGCAGUCGCUCUUUAAAGCACAAAGCAGCCAGAUCAACUUGUGACCCUGUCCGUGUACUUCGGUGCAUUUUUGAAUUAUGCUGGUUUCCAACAUAAAUACGCGGCUCUUUGCAAUCUGUUAAUUCAAAAUGUCAUUGUAGUGCUUCAAAUCAAUGAUACAGAUGUUUGUGAUGUUGUCAUGAGCUAUAUUACACAAUGCUCCAUGGUACACGGCCAGUGAGGUCACAAGUUGAUCUUACUGCCCUGUGCAGUUUUGGAGUGACUGCUGACUAUUUUGGCUUCAUUUUUUCUUACAACACAUUUCUCCACGCUGAUCGUGGUGUAGUUGUAUUACCUCUGACCAUUAACAGUUUUUCCACACAAUGAUGUGAGUUCGAACCCUGUUAUGUUUUUUUCUUUUUUAUUAUUACUUUAACGGUGCUACAAAGUUUUUCCGCGUGAAACAGUUUUACACAAAACAGGCUCCAAACAAACGAGUGUGGAUGGAGAUCGUUUUUGUUUUAAAACCCCGGUUUAAAAUGAAAACAAAGUUGUGUAGACAGGGCCAGAGGAACCGCCUCAGCCUGUAACUUGCAAAAGCCUCAGCUCCUCCCUUUUUAAUGAAAAAAAAAGCAAGUCUCAAAUUUCCCCACUUCCUCUUUCCACCCACAAUAUUCCUUUCCCGUUAUCAUUCACACUGCUUCUCUGCAUGAAAAACUAAACACAAGCCUAACACAGUGUGGCAAUGGAGGAAACUGAGUCAACAACCAGAGACAGAACAACAGGACAUGAUGGGAAUCAGGCGGCAGACAACAUGCUACUGAUGUCCAGCAAACCUCUGCAUCGCUUCGUUCAAAAAGAGCCCAAAAGUCUCGGGAUUGCCAUUCUCAUCUUUGGCUGUGCAGAGAUACUGAUGGGAUUUUUGCUGGCCAAAUCAUCUGAGUACACUUCUUAUGUAAUCUACACCCCCUUCUGGCAGGGAGCUCUGCUUCUUCUCUGUGGAAACCUGUCCAUCUACACUGAGAUACAUCCAUCAAAGAAGAUGGUGACUGUAUGUUUGGCUAUGUAUGUGGUUUCCCUUUUUGGACUUGUGAUCUCUAUUGGCCAACGGAUUAGCAUCUUUGGCUAUCUCAGCCACUUUGGGACGAGAGGAUUUCCAUACAGCCAUGUGAACCAGCUGUUUGGUAUUGAAGUCAUAUUGUUCACUUCCUCUCUGUGUGUGUCGGUGCUUCUCAUCUUCUUGUGUGCCGUUGCGCGGUUAGCUCUGAAAUCCACACGCACCCAGGUCAUCAUCCAGCACAUCCAACAUCCACUGAGCGAAACAACAUCAAACUAAUCUCAGCCUUUUACGGUAUUAUUACAAUUACUAACACUGGUUUCCUGCAGCGCACCUAACCUGUGAACAUGUCCUCAUAGUGUACAGUAAAGUGUAUCACACGUGGAUGGUCCACCACCUAGUGGCCUAUAAAGCUCAUACGCAUCUAUUUUUUGUUACCUACAUCUGCACUAAGCUUCAUUCUACAGUCUGUGUAGCUGCAGUAAAGAAUGCAUUACUGAACCACAUUAUUUUGCUUUUGGUAAAGUUUGCUUCAGAAUCAAAGUGAUUUUUGUUGUCGUAUGGGAGAGGAAAUAUUUGACAUGCACUUAACAUUUAACAAAUGUACUUCCUGUAUGGGUCCUAUAGUAGUGAACACAGUUAUGGUACAAUGUGAAUAAAAGCCUCAAGGAGAACAGGUCUUUCAUACUGUUACUGAUAUCUAUCAAUUAGGUCAAUUGCAUUCUCUCUAUGAUAAUAUUAUGUCACCUAACAACACUGGUCAGGGUUCAAUGUUAAAGUUUUUUUUUUCCACUUGCCUGAUCAGAAAUCCACUUGCUCACAGUCAAUUUUAACUUUUCCCUUUACAAACUAUUUUAGGAACUAGCGGAAUGAAAUAACAACAAAUACCUAAGUUAUUUGUCAUGUUAAAUCUUGAAUUAAGUAAAUUAAUCUGGAGUUUUCCCCACAUCUUCUAACACCACCAAACACCUGUGUCAAGGAUAUUUGACGUGCAAAUGUCAGUGUCGAAAUAUCCAUUCUACCAACUUAUUAAGUAUGCCAGUAAAGUGUGUCAGUAGAGUGUCCCAAUAUAUAGUGUCCCAAAUGCAACCACACAAUCCUCAAGGCACCAGAUAUAUGAGCAAGAGCAAUCAAAGUUCAAGGUGCAUUUAGGCGCACAAGUAGUAUGUCCCAAUUAAAUGCAUACUGCUCGCAACAGUCCCUACUUUGUAAGUGCAGCUACAGUAUGUACGAAACGUAAAAAGAAACAGUAUUCUAUUUGGAACGCAGUGUUUGUCUUUAGCCACAAAUUAUUCACCAAUGUGCAACUCUCAACAGGAGAUGACUACAUUUCCUGCAUUAUUAUUACAGUUUGUUCAGUAUAUGGGCAUUGCAACUUUUGAUAAUCAAUGUGAACCUCUGUAUACACUUACCUGCAGAUAUUUUACAGUGGGAUAUAUUUUGCAGAUGUGGGCUCCGUGAUUUGUUAACAGGACAGCGCUUACGUGAUUGCAAUUUAAGAUUUAAAGUAUAUUUUGCAUACAUUUGGCUUGUAAUAUUCUUACAGACAUCCAUCAAGUAUAUUGUUCAAAGUGUAUGACUUAAUGUAUAUGGUGAUAUGUGUUCAUCUACAUGACUGUGAUAUGAAGAGCCUGCAACUAACCGGUUACAUUGUGAAUGUGUGCAAAACACAGAUUUAAUUUUAGCUUAUCAGGUACAAUAAAUGUAAUGUAUAUUGUCUUUGUUAAAUGAACAAUAAAAUUAUAAUUUUUUAAA